CACAAUAUCAUAACUUAGUACUUCAGUUUUGAGUUGAAGUAACUAUCAUUUUACCUAUUUCUCUAAUUUUGCAUAUCGAAGUUCGUGGAAUACCCAAAACAACUUCAGACUGCAGUUUUACAUUUUACCUCAGUACGCGUGCUCGGAAAAUUCUACUUCCGGUUGGAGAGAUCGGCGAUUUUCCAAUUUUCAGAGGGAGCAAAAAGAGAUGAUAACGUAACAUUCUCAAGAAAAUACACUAUUAUGGACGGGCUGAGGAUGUCAGUGGAGGGCAGUGAGAGCAAGAAGAACGUCAAGAAAACCCCCAAUGACUUUAUAUUUGGGAAGGUCAUUGGAGAGGGGUCUUACUCAACAGUGUAUUUGGCAAAAGAAGUUGACAGUAAUACAGAAUAUGCUAUUAAGGUGCUGGAGAAGAGACACAUUAUGCGGGAGAGGAAGACGCAGUAUGUGAUGCGGGAGAAGGAAGUCCUGAUGAAGCUCAAUCAUCCGUUCUUUAUCCGGCUCUUCUACACCUUCCAGGACACGGAUAGGCUCUAUUUUGUAUUGAGCUAUGCCAGGAGGGGAGAAUUAUUGGAUUACAUACACAAGUUAUCUUCCUUUGAUGAACCAUGCACCAAGUGGUAUACAGCUGAAAUUGUCACGGCAUUAGAAUAUCUUCACAGCAAGGGAAUUAUACACAGAGAUUUAAAACCAGAAAAUAUUCUCCUAAAUGAUGAAAUGCACAUACAAAUAACAGAUUUUGGCAGUGCUAAAAUACUGAAGGAUGGAAGAGUGGAGGAAGCUCCAGCCAGUGGCAGAACCAAUUCCUUUGUUGGUACAGCCCAGUAUGUGUCUCCUGAGGUUCUAACCAGCAAAAAGGCCUACUACAGUUCUGACCUAUGGGCAUUAGGUUGUAUUGUAUAUCAGCUAAUGGCGGGACUGCCCCCAUUUAGAGGAGGACAUGAGUACCAGAUAUUCCAGAAAAUCACCAAACUUGAGUACGAGUUUCCAGAUGGCUUUAAUGUUGUAGCCCAGGACUUGGUGGAGAAACUGUUAGUACUAGAUCCUGAACAACGACUAGGUUGUGAGGAAAUGGGGGGCUUUGAGAAGUUAAAAUCACACCCAUUUUAUGAAGGCAUUGACUUUGAACACAUACAUGAGCAGACACCACCCCCUCUAUUACCAUAUCUCCCCGCCACCUCCACCAAUUCAGAGAACCUCUGGAGCAGCUAUAGGGCUGGGUUUGAUGAUGCAAGAGUUGUAGAAAUAAUCACUCAGACAGUAAUUACCGAUGAUGAGAGAAAGAAGAGACUGGAGGAGCAGAAACAGAAUAAAUAUCACAAGUUUGUGGAGGGGAACCUAAUCCUGAAGCAGGGCCUGAUAGAUAAACGAAAGGGAUUAUUUGCCCGUAAGAGAAUGUUUCUGUUAACCGAGGGACCACACUUAUACUAUGUGGACACAGCCAAUAUGGUUCUUAAGGGACAGAUUCCAUGGUCAGAAGAAUUAAGGCCAGAGGCAAAGAAUUUUAAAACUUUUUUUGUUCAUACGCCAAAUCGUACAUAUUACCUGGAGGAUCGAGAGUCUCGAGCCCAGGACUGGGUCGCCAAAAUCAAUGAGGUGUGGCAGCAGUAUUACGGCAACAAAGCCAAAAAGUGACAGACAGCUAGAACAACCAGUCACUAACAAGGGGUGUGGCCUAUUAAAUCUGAUAUGUUAGGGCCACAGACAAAAGGGUGUGGCUUAUUUAGUCUGUUAUGUCAGGGCCACUUACAGGAGAGUGUGACCUAUUUAUUCUGUUGUAUUAGGAUGUGCAUGUCCCAGUAAGUGACCAUAGCCAUCCACCGUCCAGCAGCCUGACCGGCUGGAGCCAUGGAGGACACCCUACACCAAAAGUAUCUCUGUAUUGGUACCCUACAGACCCAGCCCUCCACACGAGUACACAGAGGUCAAAUAUUUUAACUCAUUCCAUGUUUUUGAAAGUUCUCUGUUGCCUAGUAUGUACUUUAUAGGAUUUUUUGUAUUAGUUGGAUUGUGGACUUGAUUGUACAAGAGAGAUUUUUGUGUGCAUUAUUACUGUUGUGGCAAAUUGUUUGCAAAGAUAACGUCUAUAACUUCAAACUUGACUGAUUACAAAAUAAUGUUAGGAGGAGGAAAAAAGUAAAAUGCAAAGAUGGAGGCAGUUAGAAAGAGUGUUUGCCCAAAUGUUUAAGUACAUGUACUACAGUCAGUGAAAUUAAUCAGUUGUCAAAUAUAUGUUAGAUAAAAUGCAUCAUGCAUUUUAUUCAUGAAAAUCAUUAUUUUUUUGGAUUGGCAAAACUGGUGCCCUUUAAAAGUUGUAGUUUUAUGAAGGAAAAUUACAUUAUAAGGAGAUUUCUCAUUAUGUACUGCAUUGCACUUGAUUUGACAUUGAUAUAAAGAAACUGUCAAUUUGUUAAAAUAAGGAAUAUUUUGUUGGAUAAAUUGUAUCAUAAUUGUUCCUUGAAUAAAUGGUAACUUGUUACCUCUACAGUAAAUGAAUAUAUGUAGUCUUAGUAUAUGAAACAGAAGAAAUCGCGAGUUUCAUGAUAAAAGUUGUUGCAGCAUUAGCAUGUAUACUUUGAGAGAAUGUGUUUAGAUGUAUUAAUACACCAGACUACACCAAAAUGAUGUAAAACAAAGCUUAUAUUUUCUCCAAUCAAUGUAUUGUGAAUACAAACUAAUAUCUGCAAUCAAUGUUCAGUAAAUUCAAACUUAUAACCAGGUCAUGGAACAGCUCUUUUUUCAAAUAGAAUCACAGAUGUAUUUCUAUUAGUUUUUUUUAAAGUUUUUUUUUUUCGUUUUAUAGAGACUGUAUUUAUGAAAUGUGUUCUCUUCAUACAUUUAUGUGUAUUUUACCAAUUUUAAAAAUUCAAUCUGGAAUUACUUUUAAAAAGCAUGGAAGAGUUAAAGGUUAAACUAUGUAUCUCAAUAUAUGUCACAGAAAAGUGUUUGGCAUACAAAUGAAUUUUUCUUUCUUUAAAAGUAUAAGAUGCAGAUUAUGGAAGAUGCAAAAUUUGAAAAA